AUGGGCAAUACCAGUUUCACCGAGGGGAAGACGGCCUUGACCUUGGGCAACACCACUAUAAAGAGGGGAAAGUCCAAGAUUGCCAUGGGGAACACCUCCAUCAGCAGGGGCAAGAAAACAACAUCGUUGGGGUCCUCCACCAUCACCAGUGGAAAGACCAAGAUCGCCCUGGGGGGCGCCUCCUUCAGCAGAGGCUCCACCACCACCUCUUUUCGGAAAGCCCUCUUCCCCAAACGCAAGACGCUCUAG